AUGGUUGUCGAGGUUGAGGGUGGUAAGCAGGUGGUUAGGGAGCAAAUUACCAUCGGGAGAUUCGUGCCCGGUGAGCCGAAUGCCCUUUUGGAGAACACUCAAGCGAUGCAUGCAGAGGUGAAGUAUUUCGUGGAGACUGACUUUGCCUCAUGCCUCCAUCUUGGUGAGCUUGACAUAGAGGGUCUUCGUCAGCUGUGCAGCGAUUCAGACGUCGAAGGGAAACAUCUUGAGGCCAGCACUUCUGGGGCUCAACCCUCUUCCACUCCCCCUGGUAUGUGA